ACUGUCAAAAAAAAAUACAAUUUUCAUCACUCAAAACCGUCAAAUUUUUUAAAGUUGUUCUUCAAUGCAGAGCAGCUCACACGGAGGUCCAAGUAAUGGCGACCUCAACUCACCCGACAGAAAACGAAAAUGUUCCGUGGCUCCGAACUGUGGCUAUCUAGAGAUAAACAGUAACGAAGGAAAGAACUGCCAACGAAGAACGUGCAACUAUUUUUGGCUCACCCUAGAACCGAGAGAUUAUACAAGCGAUUCAGUAUCAAAUUUAACAAACUCUAUUGUGGAAUGUUGCACGGAAUUUGAUGACGAAGAAGGUGUAGAAUCCAAUAAUAAAAACGAUACGCCUGGCACACCUAGGAAUUCCCAAGUUUCAGAUGGAUCAAAGUCUGGGUCAAACGAAUAUGAUCGGACACCUCGAAGUUCUGAUGCUUUAGAAGAUCACAAAAGUGGAUUAGCGGUAAACUACAGUUCUUCGAACAAAGUAACUGUAACAAUAAAAGGUACGGAGCGUGAUGCUGAUGAUGAUGAUAUGGAACGCGAAUUAACAAAAGCAAACCAUCAAAGCUUAUCAGAACAACAACUGUCCAAGAGUUUUUCUCAAUUUUUGGAAGAAUACACACCGAAAGAUGCAGCAAAACCGCCAGAAAAUGCACCUUCAAAGGAAUACACACCAAAAGUUGCAGCAAAACCGCCAGAAAAUGCACCUUCAAAGGAAUACACACCAAAAGGAAAAUCGCUAGAAAAUGCUCCUUCAAAGGAAUACACACCAAAAGCAAAAUCGCUAGAAAAUGCACCUUCAAAGGAAUACACACCAAAAGCAAAAUCGCUAGAAAAUGCCCCUUCAAAGGAAUACACACCAAAAGGCGAAUCAUCUAGAUACAUACCUCUAGUUGCAUCAAAUCCGACAGAAGAUGCACGUCCAAUCAAGAGACCGCAAUGUUGCCAGGGAAUCGAAUCAACUGCAGAACUUUCGGAAAGUCUUAUCAGUACCCACAGCAAAACCCAAUCGAUAAUCAAACAAGAACCGUCAAAGCACGAAGUCAAACCGAAAAUAUGCGUGGCUGAAACUUGUCCCAAACUCAACGUCGGUUUCAAGAGUACGAAAACGUGUUGCCGUACGGCAAAAUGUCCGCUCAACGACAUGGAUUCGAGCACGUACAAGUUCAUAACCGAUGUGAGAAUGUGUUGCAGAAAGAAGGCUUGCGAGCUGGCAGCUAGAAUUUGCGACAUAUACGAACCUUUGGUUAAAGUGGAAGUUACAAAAUCAACUGAUACUGGAGAUAGCGACUACCAUUAUUGGGGUAAAGACAACUUUACUUACGCUCUAAAGCAGGAGGAACCAACCAAUCAUCAACCGCCUAAUACAGAUUUCAAAAAAGAAGAACAAUUUAUCAAGUCCGAAGAUUAUUUGCCUGCAAGCAGCUCUAACGCGAUAGCAAAACCGAAAAGUAGUAUUAUACUAGAAGAACUCUUUACGUCUAAAAAUGAAGAAGAAGAUGAUAUGAAAGAUUCAGUUUAUACAGAACCAGAACGGCGCGAAAAACGUACCAGUGUCGUUAGUUGGAGUUUCCCAAAAGGACACUCUUCAAAUUCAGUGCUGAAAGCAACUACAAGCGAAGAACAGUUAGUUGCAAGAGCUACAGAAGCGGCCAAUAUGUUUAGACAGGCUCAACAACCGGCACAAGGCAGUAUAGACGAGUAUCGCGAGAAACCAAUUCUGUUCCUGGAAAAAAAUAAACAAGUGCAAGCCUAUUCGGAUAAUUCCAGGGAUUUGGCGUUUAAAUCUCAACUGGACUCCAUACAAUCGAACAGCGACUAUCAGACCAAAUGUUGCUCCUCUUUGAGAAACAAACUUAAAAGGAAGAAGAAACGACCAAAGUCCAGUCCAAGUCUACAUUGGGCCUACAACAAUGAAACCGAGCGAAGAAGACCGAACAUCGAAGAUCCCGUUGAAGAACAACAAAUGGCAUUGAACGAUAUAUUAAAUAAAGUUUAAAAAUCAAUAAAUAUGGUAUUCUGA